GGGGUCAGUUCCGGUGGUGAGGAUGUGGGUAUCAGUUCCGGUGACAAGGGUUGGAGCCUCGUGGUCGUCAUCGCUGGCUUCGAUUAGGGUUUGGCGUCUCCUUCAAUUCGGUUGCUAUUUCGAUCCCAAAGGAGCAAGAUUCUAAGGAAGCUGAAGCAUGAAAAUAUCAUUGAAAUGCUUGAUUCCUUUGAAAGCCCACAAGAGUUCUGUGUUGUCACAGAGUUUGCACAAGGUGAACUAUUUGAGAUUCUUGAGGAUGAUAAGCACCUUCCGUUCAAGCAAUUGGUGAGAGCAUUGCAUUAUCUCCAUUCAAAGUUCAAACCGCAUCUUCCACCGUGACAUGAA